AUGCUACCCUUGGAUAUCAGCCGUAAUCCAACUGAAAUAACAGUUGCAGCUUCUUAUCAGCAAAUCAUGGAAGCCUUGGCCAAAAGGCAUCUUAGCGAGGAAUCUUCUAUAGAAGAUCUGAUUGAGCUGCGAUACUCUGUUCUUUCGGUUGUCUGCCCAGAUAAACUGCGCGGUAGGGUCUGGAAGCUACUCUUGCUGCUUCCCAAUGUAUCUGCAUCUUGCUACAUCAAUAUUGUCCACCGAGGACCGAGUUCCGUGGACACAAAGAUCCGGAAUGACACCUUUAGAACAAUGACGACCGACACUAGUUUUCUGGAACAUGUAUCUGAAGAUAUGCUUAUCCGGGUCUUGAAUGCAUUCGUAUGGAUUAGUCGAAAAGGUGAACACACAGAUGAUACAUCAGAAGAAAUUCAACUAAGACAGUACUUCCAAAGUCUGUCUUCGUCUUCAAAGGAGCUCACCUAUGUUCAGGGCAUGAACAUCCUUGCCGCCCCGUUUUUGAUGGUCAUGCCAGAGAUGGAGGCGUUUUACUCUUUUUCGACUUUCCUAUGGAGAUGGUGUCCACUAUAUGUUCAUCCGACGCUCAAAGGAGUUCAUUGUGGUGUUAGGUUGGUGGACCUUUGUCUGGCUGCUUUGGAUCCAACACUUUAUGGAUACUUGCUUGGAAAAGGCCUGACAGCUAGUAUAUACGCAUUUCCAUCUGUACUAUCUUUCUCUGCUUGUACACCUCCUCUGUCAGAAUUAUUGCAGUUGUGGGAUGUCAUGUUUGCUUUCGGUGCUCACCUCAAUAUUCUUUACAUCAUUGCUCAAAUUGGCAUGGUUCGCCAUGAACUACUACAUAGCUCAAGCCCUAUGAAAAUAUUGAGGAAAUUACCACCUCUUCAAGCAAAAACUAUUAUUACCAUUGCUAUGAUAUUCUGCAAGAAAUUGCCUAUGGAUUUGUAUGAGAAACUGGUUAGGCAUGCAUAUGAUGAAUCUGUCGCAGAUGAGCUGGGUGUCAAGGUGGUUGCAGACUCAGACCAGCCCCAGAAUGAUGUGAGUGGUCUGCCAGACUACAUGACCGAAGCCAUGGGUAUCUCUACAAAGUCUUUUUACGAGCCAAGGAAUUGA